UUAUUAUUAUUAUUAUUAUUACUAGGAAAAACUAGUUAUAAUUAAUGUUACGGUUUUUGCUGUUAAUCUACAGCGCAAUAUUCUUAUUCUAUUUUCAUUAUACAUCUCAAAGUACGAGCCACGUAUCCAAUGUACAUCGAUUGGAGUAAAAAAAUUGUAAUCAAAUGACUUUCAGAUUGCACAUGAGAGGACGUAUCUCAGAUCAUGACUGAAGUGAUUAAACAAAAGAAGACCGGAACAAGCGGCGUACAAUGGCGUAUUCUGGUAGUCGAUCAAUUGGCCAUGAGGAUGGUGUCGGCAUGCUGCAAAAUGCACGAUAUCAGUGCCCAGGGCAUCACCUUGGUGGAGGAUAUCAACAAGAAGCGGGAACCGUUGCCUACCAUGGAGGCGAUCUACCUGAUCACACCGUGCAAUUCCUCUGUCCAAAAGUUGAUCGACGACUUCAGCAAUCCUACUAGAACUAUUUACAAAGUAGCCCACGUUUACUUCACUGAAGCAUGCCCCGAUGAGUUGUUCAAAGAAUUGUGUCACUCCCUGGUAGCUAAACGCAUAAAGACACUAAAAGAGAUCAACAUCGCUUUCAUACCAUACGAGGAACAGGUUUUCUCCUUGGAUUCGCGUGAAACAUUCGCCUGCUUUUAUAACGCUUCCUUUUCCAACUUGAGAACAGCUAACAUGGAAAGAAUAGCUGAACAGAUCGCGACGCUUUGUGCUACUCUUGGUGAAUAUCCAUCGGUUAGAUACCGCAGCGAUUUUGAUCGAAAUAUUGAGCUGGCACAUAUGGUUCAGCAAAAAUUAGAUGCUUACAAAGCAGAUGAACCGACGAUGGGCGAAGGACCUGAAAAAGCACGCUCUCAGUUGCUCAUCCUGGAUAGAGGGUUUGACUGUGUUUCACCGCUGUUGCACGAAUUGACGCUGCAAGCUAUGGCAUACGAUUUGCUGGAUAUCGAUAAUGAUGUCUACAGAUUCGAAGCUUCAGCAGGAGUGCAGAAAGAAGUGUUAUUGGAUGAAAAUGACGAUCUGUGGGUAGAUCUUAGACAUCAACAUAUUGCUGUGGUUUCACAAAACGUUACUAAAAAUUUGAAGAAAUUCACAGAAUCAAAACGAAUGCCGCAAGGAGACAAACAGAGCAUGAGAGACCUUUCGCAAAUGAUCAAAAAAAUGCCACAGUAUCAAAAGGAAUUGAGCAAAUAUGCAACACAUUUACAAUUAGCAGAAGAUUGUAUGAAACGUUAUCAAGGGAGCGUAGAUAAACUCUGCAAAGUAGAACAGGAUUUAGCAAUGGGCACAGACGCUGAAGGUGAACGUAUCAAAGACCAAAUGAAAAAUAUUACCCCAAUCUUACUUGAUCAAACAGUCAAUCAUUUGGACAAAUUACGAAUUAUUGCACUGUAUGUCAUUAGUAAAAAUGGUAUUUCUGAAGAGAAUCUUAACCGCCUAGUUCAUCAUGCUCAAAUAUCUGCUGACGAUAAACAAACCAUAGUAAACAUUGCAAACAUUGGUAUAAAUAUAGUCGUAGAUGGCGGAAAUCGCAGAAAAUUGUAUACUGUACAACGUAAAGAAAGAAUUACAGAGCAAACUUAUCAAAUGAGUCGUUGGACUCCAAUUAUGAAAGAUAUUAUGGAAGAUGCUAUUGAAGAUAAACUUGAUUCUAAACAUUUUCCCUUUUUGGCUGGUCGAGCAGCAAGUUCGGGAUAUCAUGCUCCAACUAGUGCUAGAUAUGGACAUUGGCACAAAGAUAAAGGUUCACAAACCAUUAAGAAUGUUCCACGAUUGAUCGUUUUCGUCGUUGGCGGUGUUUGCUUUUCUGAAAUACGAUGCGCUUAUGAGGUUACAAAUGCUUUGAAAAAUUGGGAAGUAAUAAUUGGUUCAUCGCACAUAAUAACACCGAAAUCUUUCUUAGAUGACCUGAGCAAACUUCACGUAUAAAUAUUUGUGUUAUAAACAAGAUAAAGACACGUUCACGCAUUCCUAAUGUGCCAUUAGUUUUGGCUCCGUCAAUAACAAAAGCUACGAAAUUUCAUGAAUGAUCUCGAAUUACAAUUAAAAUUAAAAUAAGGAAUACACAGUCAAUUGUUUGAGUCGUGUAGUUAAGCGACUGAUUAAAAACAUUGAAAAAUGGCAUAUCGUAAACAUCAUAUGACCAGAAAUGGAAAUGGCGCCAGAAGAAAAAGAUAUCCGGUGUUAAGUGCCUGCAAGAAUAAAAAAAAUUAAUACGAAAUGAACAAACAUGUUGGCAAUAUUAAUACUAAUCGUACGGAGGUGCUUAAUGGUAAUUUAGGCUCGCGAUUGAUCUAGCUCGAAUAUCGUAUGUUAUUCUAUGUCAUACUACAUCUUGUUAAUAAUAAGCGACAUGUUUAGCAGAGAAAUUUGAUGUAUUGUAGUGGAAAAUCGUGAUAUUCAUGUAAAUUUCUUGUUAUUAGUAUUUCGUUAUCUCCCGCUCCAAAAUUGUUGCACUAUGAUGAAGGAGACUUGAUCAACUCCAUUUGAAAAGUCAGUAUUGCUUCUUCAAUUUGACAUAUGACAACUGAGUAUCAUAUAUUUAUUUUAGUCAUAUUAAUAUCAGUGGAACGCAAUUUAGUGAAAAUAUUAGAUAAAAUCGAUAUUUAUUUUAUAUAUGAUUAAAACUGUUUAAAUAUCUUUAAAGAUACAAAUGUUCAAGUAUCUUACUGUACAAUAAAGUGAUAAAUGUACAUUUAGUUAUUUACUGUACUUUUGUUAUAUUAUCGAUAUAAUAUUCGUUAACUGAACAAGUGCAUUUGACUAGCAUGUAUAUGUAUUAAAUUAUAUAUAUUAUAGCACAAAUGCCGCUUCUAGUUUAUCAAAGCGCGCAUUUAUAUCAAUCUGAAAGCUGUCCAAUUAUAAAAGACUUAUAUCUGUUUAAUUCAAAGUAAAAUCUUUACUACAUUGAUAAGUACUUACACGUUAAAACUUCUGCUGCACAUAUACAGAGCAAUUGUAUAUCGCUUUCAAUAUUCGGUAGAAGUUAUUCUGUUAAUGAUCGUUAAUAUUGCGAUUACUUAGUGGCGAGAUUAUUACAAAGUUUACGGUAUUGAUUAUUAUAUGAUAUAUUAUAUGAAUACAUGUAUGUAUGUAGACUGUAGUCGAAACAAAAUGUUCUGCUUAUAAAGGCCUACAUUUCAAUCCAAUUUUGUUUCUUUUUUUAUACAUAUACCGCACCAUAUCGAGUAAAGAUAAAGACAACUUGUUUGUUAAAAUUAUACCGUUAUUGUAGCAAUCAUUCAUGGGUUAUCAUUAAUCAUAGGUCAACGUUCAGAGUUGUCUGUUGCUCUUAAUGAAAUCCAACUGUCAUUUUAAAAUAAUUGUUCUGUUGCCUUUAAUAGUGCUUUCAAAUCGUCAUUCAUUAGAACUUCAAACAAUGUCUGAAACAUCAAAGAAAGUUAUUCUAGCAUACAGUGGUGGUUUAGAUACGUCCUGUAUACUACUAUGGUUGAAAGAAAAAGGAUAUCAUGUUAUCGCUUAUAUGGUCAUAAUAGAAGACCUUAGAUUGACUUUUCUAUCUUCGUUUGUGUGGCCAGCUAUUGCAUGCGGGCUACUUUACGAAGGUAAAUAUCUUUUGGGCACAGCAAUCGCUCGACCGUGCAUUAGUGAAGCUCUGGUGAGGAUUGCAAAAUCCGAAAAUGCGUCUAUAAUCGCUCACGGAGCGACCGGAAAAGGUAAUGAUCAAGUUCGUUUCGAAUUGAGCUGUUACAGUCUUUUUCCUGAUGUUCAGAUUUUUAAACAACCUUGUGUACAACCUUCUUAUUUCAUUAUCCAGAUACUUGCACCUUGGAGAGAGAAAGAAUUUUAUACAAGAUUUUCAGGGAGACCAGAUUUGUUAAGAUACGCGCAACAAAAUAGAAUCCCUGUAUCAGCAACACCGAAAGAACCAUGGAGUACUGAUGCAAAUUUAUUACAUAUCAGUUAUGAAUCGGGCAUUUUGGAAGAUCCUGCCACAUUAGCACCGAAACAAAUAUACAAAAUGACCAAUGAUCCAUUAAAUUCCCCGACGGAACCAGAAGAAAUUGAAAUCAGUUUUGAGCAAGGUUAUCCAUCGUCUGUCAAAAAGUUAAAGAAUAAUGAAACAUUCUUCACCCCACUUGAAAUAAUAGAAUGUUUGAAUGAAAUCGGUGGGAUACAUGGUAUAGGACGUAUCGACAUUGUUGAGAAUCGUUUCAUUGGUUUGAAAUCUAGAGGAGUUUACGAAUCACCGGGGGUUAAAAUUCUAUACGAGGCACACCAAGAAUUGGAAACGUUUGUAUUAGAUCGUGAGGUUUCAAGAGUGAAGUCUUAUUUGACCAACAGAAUGUCAGAUUACGUUUAUAAUGGUUUCUGGUUUUCUCCAGAAUGUGACUUUGUACGGAAUGGUAUAUUAUAUUCACAAAGAUACGUGACUGGAACAGUUCGAUUACAAUUGUACAAAGGAACCGUGUCUAUACGUAGCCGGCAUAGCAAAGCAUCUUUAUACAAUGAAAGACUAGUUUCGAUGGACAUGAAAGGAGGUUUCGAACUUGAGGACGCGGGUGGUUUCAUUCGCACGCAAGCUUACAGAUUAAAAGAAUUUAAUCGUUUCAAAAAAGAAUAUGAUAUUUCAUAAAUUCAUUGAAUAAUACGUAUUAAAAUGUGUAAUAUUUUAUAAAAACAAUAUAGCACUUUAAUUUGAAGA